AUGAAGAGUGUCUGUAUCGUCGGAGCCGGGCCAGCAGGCCUGGUGACCGCAAAGACUUUCCUGGACACAGAGCAAUUCGAUGUAACCAUCUACGAGAAGCAUGAUCGCAUCGGCGGCAUCUGGGCACUUGACGAAGAUACUCAGGAUGCUUUCCUAUCGCCAUUUACGCCAACAAACCUGUCGAAGUUCACAGUAGGCUUUAGCGAUCUCGACUGGAAUGAGAUCGACGCUCGGAGCAAGAGCUCCACGAGUUCGGUGAAUGGUGCCAAGAAACCACGAGUACCGUUGUAUCCCAAGGCUCACCACGUAAAUCGGUAUCUGGAGGAAUAUACGCGCCGCUAUCUCACGGAUGCAAAAAUAUGUCUGAGUACCAAAGUCAUCUCCGCCUCUCGGACCUGUAAGUAUGGGAGUGAUUCAGCUUGCUGGAGUAUUAAGACGGAGUCACACACUGGUCAUCACGGACAGGAGACCUUCGAACACUUUGUGUUAGCAUCAGGAUUCUUCUCGAGACCGCGUUCGAUUGGGCAUGAUUUGCCCGACGCAAGUGGCAAAAAUGAGAAGGAUUAUUCCAAGAUCAUACACAGCUCACGAUUCCGCGUGUUAGCAGACCUGUUUCCUCGAGGGCCUGCACAAGACACAAAUAUCUUGAUUAUAGGUGGCGGCAACUCCGCAGGCGAGACGGCUGCUGCUGUAGCGAUGCAGCUAUCUAAUGCUCGAUGGUCGCCAAACAAGGGUCAAACGCAGCGAUACCAAGGCUGCAAGGUAAUACAUGUGACGCCAAGGCCCAUGUAUGCAAUACCUCCCUUCGUCGAGUACGAAGAAGGGUCGCGAAGUUACGUGCCUGUCGAUCUGAAGCUGUAUGAUUACUCGAAGCGGCCACAGGGUAUGGAGAGCUAUGGUGGUCAGCAGGUACCGCAAGUCCGCGACAUAGUGCACAAGUCUAUCCAGACUAUGGUUGGUGGAGAUCAAGCGGAUCUGGGUAGUAAUGCACUUGUGAGCAACGGCGAAGGUGCGGAUAGAGGUACAGCAUAUGUGGCGCUUACUGAGACAUACUCUGAGUUUGUGCGGAGUGGCCUCAUAGAAGUCAACGCUGGUAGAGUUCUUGAUCUGAAUUACUUGGACUCUCUACAUAGUGCUGUGAUCGCGCAUGAUGGGCAGCAGAGUACCGUCGAGAAUAUUUCAGCAGUCAUCUACGCUACUGGCUACGACCCGACAUCCGCGAUUGACUUCCUCGACGACGAUGUAAAGACUGCUCUCGACUUCGAUUCUACCAGCAUGCGUCUUCCCGUCCUGCUGGAACAAUGGCAGACAGUCAACAGGAGAGUACCAGAUUUGGCUUUUGUUGGCAUGUAUGAAGGGCCGUAUUGGCCGAUGAUGGAGAUACAGGGAAGGUUGACGGCAUCACGCUGGUUGGGAGAAACUGCGUACGCCGAGCAGCGUCCAUUCGAGACGGUAUCAAGGCUGGAGGAGAUGCGACUGAGCAUGCAGCGGAAAGGUCUGGAUGUGGGACAGUUCUGGUUCAAUGACUAUCUAGGGUACUGCGAGGAUAUAGCGGAUCAUCUUGGCCUAUCGAGACUGCAUGGCAAGUUCGGCCCAAAGCAAGGUUGUACAUCUCCAGCUCGCUUCAAAACAGCCAAUACACAGGUAUCGCAAGCGCAAGCUAUCUUGGAUGAUCUGCACGAAACAUGGUUCGCAUGUAUCGACAAAGGCAGAUAUGUACCACGAGCUGUCUUGCGAGCACUCCACGGAGAAUGGAACAUCAGCCGACGUAUUGAAAGCACGGAUCUAGCAUAUUCAGGUACCCUGCAAGGGUCUGCAAACUUCCAUCCACGCUUUCCUACAGCGGACAAAAGUGACAAGGUAUUCGAUCUUGAGUAUUUGUACAUCGAGUCCGGUACAUUCACAAACGCCAGUCGCCUGGAGAUGAAAGCUAGUAGACGCUAUGUCUACCGCUAUGCCGAGCAGGAUGAUACGCUUAGUAUCUGGUUCGUCAAGCCGGACAAUGAUCUCGAAGUCGAUUAUCUUUUUCACAACUUGGCAUUCGUCUCACCUGUCGACGCUAGGAAGGCUGGAACUUGCGUGGCGAAAGCAGAUCAUCUUUGUGUGGAGGACAUGUACUGGACCAAAUACACUCUACCGAUGGAAGCCAUUGUGCUCCGGAAAUUUGAGAUCGAGCAUGUGGUGAAGGGUCCUCACAAAGACUAUACUUCUACCACGCGGUAUACCCGACCGGCGAAACGACCGCGUUGA